AUGCUGCCACAGAGCCAGUACUCCAUCUCACUCGCGCCCGCGCCCGCUGCUGGGCGGCGCAAUGGUGAAUUCAGUGUCGGCGGCGAUAUCUCCUAUGCCACGAGGAAGAAGAAGAUUCCGCGCACCAAUCGUGCCUGUGAUCUUUGCAGGAUCAAAAAAGCCAAGUGCGAUGGAGACACACCGUGCAAAAGCUGCACGCGAAGGGGAACCUCGUGUACAUAUACCCAUGUACGGAGAAAUUCCCGGCCGUACACGGUAUUGGCGUAUGCCGAAAUGCUAGGGCGACAGCAAGCCACUCUUAUCGAGGCCGUCCAUAUCCUUCAUCACCGUCUCAGAACAGGGGAGGCGACGGACGAUCUUGGCGCUCAGUUCAUGAAAGAGGACUCGAGUGUCAAUGAUAUCCUGCAUCAUCUAGGGCUGACCCCUCUCGAGGUUUAUGAGGCCGACCCCGAACACGGCGAAACCGGUCCACAGUCGACGGUUUCACCGGUCAGCUCCCCUACAACCACUCCUGCCAGUGCCGAGGACAGAAUCACACAGUCUCAGCUGGAAUGGGGGGACUACCAGGUCCCAUUGGAAAAUCCAGACAAAGCGGCUUUUGUUGAGACUCCUGCUAUGCCGUCGCAGGACCAGCCUUUCAGUGGUGUUGAGCCCCUGACCACGGAUGAUCCUUUCCACUAUGAUUUGUGGGGAAAUGACAGCGGGCUGGAGGCACAGAGCUUCCUUGUUCCCUCGCCAUCGCCGCAGGACGCUUUUUCAGAAGCACAGUCUGAUUGGAAUUUUUCAGAGUCGUGCCCUCUUUCCUACCUUGCGCCUGCCGGGAAGUCAGGGCAUCACCAGAACGUUAAGCUUGUAUUUUAG